AUCUAUCUAUCUAUCCCUUGAGCCAACCCAUUCGCUGACUGACACACCAACGCUGGCCUAGCCAGCCAGCCAGCCCAUGAGGCAUCAGCGAGCCACACUGUCGUCAUGUAUCCAUGUCUGAAUCGAGUCUCACAGCCAGCCCAUGGGUGUUGACGUCUACUUCUAUCCAAAUCCAACGCAGCAGCGACAGUUUUAUAUGGUUUGCAGCCACCGGAAAGCGAGAGAAAGAAAAUCAACCGAAAAACACCAGAGCAAAACCAUGAGCCACGCCCAAGCCCACGCGGAUCAUGUCACAGAGUGUGGUACAUUAGUAUAGCACCCCAUGCCAUACACGACACCCACCGCCCGCCCGGCCCGAUCCUAUAUAUCCCACGCCUCUUCCUGCCUCCCUCCCUCGACUAUCAAUCCACCUACAAUUCGAGGUUCUAGCAUCGUUUACCAACAGAAGAAGCGCACAUAGGUACCUGGGUCCUGGAAUAGUACUACUCCACGGCAGUCAGUGUUCCGAAAUGGACAGCUCCAGCUGCCUCGCGGAUGAAACCAACAGCGGCGGCGCGUCCACGGACAAGCUCAAGGCGCUGGUCGCGGCGGCCACGGCCACGGCACCGCUGGAACGCAUGGGCAGCGGCGCAAGCGCGGUGCUGGACGCGGCCGAGCCUGGCGCCGAGGCGGACUCCGGCCGUGUCGUGCAGCAGGGCGCCGGCGUUGGCGGGAAGCUCCCCUCGUCCAAGUACAAGGGCGUCGUCCCGCAGCCCAACGGGCGCUGGGGCGCGCAGAUCUACGAGCGGCACCAGCGCGUGUGGCUCGGCACCUUCGCCGGCGAGGCCGACGCGGCGCGCGCCUACGACGUCGCCGCGCAGCGCUUCCGCGGCCGCGACGCCGUCACCAACUUCCGCCCGCUCUCCGAGUCCAGCCCCGACCCCGCCGACGCCGCCGAGCUCCGCUUCCUCGCCUCCCGCUCCAAGGCGGAGGUCGUCGACAUGCUCCGCAAGCACACAUACUUCGACGAGCUCGCCCAGAGCAGGCGCGCUUUCGCCGCCGCUGCUGCUUCCGUCCCCACCAUCGCCUCGCGCCAUAACGGGCAGCACUCUUCGCCAAGUCCGUUCCCUGCCGCGGCAGCGGCUGCCGCUGCCGCGGCAAGGGAGCACCUGUUCGACAAGACGGUCACGCCCAGCGACGUGGGCAAGCUGAACAGGCUGGUGAUACCGAAGCAGCACGCGGAGAAGCACUUCCCGCUGCAGCUCCCCGCGGCCGCCGCGGCCGGGGGCGGCGGCGAGAGCUGCAAGGGCCUGCUGCUCAACUUCGAGGACGCCGGCGGCAAGGUGUGGCGGUUCCGCUACUCGUACUGGAACAGCAGCCAGAGCUACGUGCUCACCAAGGGCUGGAGCCGCUUCGUCAAGGAGAAGGGACUCCACGCCGGAGACGUCGUCGGCUUCUACCGCUCCGUCGCCGGCGCCGGGGAAGACAGCAAGCUCUUCAUCGACUGCAAGCUGCGGCCCAACAGUACUAACACCGCCGCCGCCGCAGUCUUUACGGACCUCCCUGUGGAUCAGUCGGCUCCUGUGGCCAAGCCCGUGAGGCUCUUCGGCGUUGACUUGACCAUACAGCCGGCCCCGGAGCAGGGGACGGCCGGGUGCAAGAGGACUACCAGGGACUUCGUGAAACCGGCCGGCCCGCAAGUGCCGUUCAAGAAGCAAUGCAUAAAGCUCGCACUAGUGUAGAGUAGUAGCAACUGCUGUUAAUUGUAGCUUGAUUUCUCGUUAGAAAGUUGCGGUUUUUUUGCUCGCAUAAUUCAGGUGAUAGCGUAGUCCCUCCUUGGUAUCUCACCACGCUAGCUUGUUUAUUUGUCUUGUUCUUCCAUGCUCUGAUGUAAAUCUUUUCCUCCCAAAAGGUGUUAUACCAAUGAAGCAAACCUUAGAAAGGUUAGCUAGAUCGCCGAUCAACUAACAAGGAAGAAGAAGAACAUAACUACUUAUUAACAUUUUUAA